AUGUAAACAACCAUAUUGGCUGAAUACAAUAGGGGGCGUUCAUACAUGAUAGGAGAUAAAUUACUCUGGUGCAUUUUUUGCAGUUAAAUACAAAUGGAACGUGUAUUGUUAACGGAAGCUGAUGUCGUAAAGCUCGUGCAGCGUCUUUACGGACUUCAGACGACAAAGCAGACGAUACUUGCAAGUUACGAUGACGUCAAUAUCCGCGUGAUUGUAAAUGGAACCAGCAGAAAUAGACAUAUCAAAGAAGUCUCAGAAGAUGGAUAUGUUCUCAAAGUUUUAAACACAGUCGACUCUAAGAAAGUCGAGUUUGUAGGAGCUAUGCACGCAGCCAUUGAGAAGGUUUCAAGAGCUGGCAUCGUUACUUCACACCCGGUUCCAAAUAUUCACGGGCAAUUUCAUUCAACCGAGUGUCUACAAAGCAGGUCAGGAAAGGAAGGGUGCAUGUUUCUUGUGAGGUUAUUCCAGUUUGUACCAGGGGAUUUACUAGAGGGGAAGACGUACACAUCCCAGCUGUGUUUUGAGGCAGGCCAGCUAGCUGGGCAACUAAGCAACGUGCUAAAGGACUUUGAGCACCCAGGUUUGGUAAAUCAUUCCAGACAUUGGAAUCUUCGAGAAGUGGUAAACCUUGGAGACAAGAUAGACAGUAUUGUUGAUCUAGAAGACAGGAAACUCGUGAGGGAAGUUGUAGAACAGUUUAAACAAAACGUUGUUGGAAAUGCAAAUAACUUACUGAAAGGUACUGUACAUGCAGAUCUCAAUGAAGGAAAUAUUAUUGUUAAGGGCAGUGAAGUUUCCACUGAAGGUGAGAAAAGCAUGGAAUUUCACGUGCAUGGGGUUCUUGAUUUCGGUGACUUAGUGCACGAGUAUAUUGUGUAUGAAAUAGCUAUAGUUACUGCCUACAUGAUGAUUGAAAGCACCAUCCUGGAUUCAAUAGAUGUUGCAGGACACACAUUGGCUGGAUAUAUAAAGGAACUACAACUUCCAGCUGCUGACUGUAAUGUACUCAAGGAGUGUAUAUGUGCACGACUGGCUCAGUCCUUUACCUAUGGGAGUCACGAGCAUAAGUUAGACCCAACCAAUACAUAUUGUCUGAGAACUUCUGAGAAAGGCUGGCCUGUGUUGAGACGACUAUGGAAGAUUCCUAAGCAUGAACUUUAUGCAAAAUGGGCGGAAAUCUUACAUGGUUAUUCACUGACAGCAAACUUUGAAAAUUGUUAAAAUGGUUAUAAAGGAAUCACAAUAUAGGAAUAAGUACAAAAUGUUAAAGAUAUCCAAAUGCCCAUUAUUCACAAAAAUAUUUUGUCUUUGGAUAAUAACUUCAAAGAUAGAAAAUCCUCAAGAUGUAUUCAGCAGCUGCUGUACUUAAAAUAUAUAGUAAUUACUCUGUACAUAAAGCUACAUUUUAUAAUUAAAUGUCUUGUACUAGCAGCUAAUUGUUAAAUGGCUUCAGUUUUUCAGGUCAGAUAGCACACAUCUAUACUGUGUUUAGCUACACAUGUAUUAAGUAUAUACUAUUUUAAACCUUAUGCAUUCGCAUAAACAGGUUAAUUUUAAGGUUUUCACAAACUAUAUGUAAAAAGUGUUCAUAUUUUCAACUAUGAAAUUCGGGUUGAUUAUAUUUUUAGUUUCUUGG